UGGCGCAGGCGCACCCUAUCGGCCAGAGUUCUAUCUCCACAUCCAGACUUCGUCCGUGCUCUCAACAGCUCUCUCUUCUCUCCUCCGACGAUUCGUGCUCGUCCAAUUGUGGUGGUGGUGGUAGACGGCCGGCGACGAGACUUUGGCAUCUGCGUUUGGACACUGUGGAUUUUUGGAUGGCGGUGAUUGAAUAAAUCAUGAGCGAGAUGCUCUCAAAUAGAUUGGUGCCCUUCCUUUCCAAGCGUUGUUUUUCUAGCCUUCAGACAUCCUCAUUGUCCCCAAUACAACCAUGGUUAUUUAUUGGUCUUGGCAACCCUGGUGAGAAGUACCAAUCCACCAGGCACAAUGUGGGGUUUGAUAUGAUAGACGCAUUUGCACAGUCUCAGGGUAUACCAUUGACUACACAUUACUUCAAAGCACUAUUUGGUGAAGGGAUGGUUGAUGGGAUCCCUGUUCUUCUUGCCAAGCCUCAGACUUAUAUGAAUCUCAGUGGAGAAUCUGUUGGUCCACUUGCUGCCUAUUAUAAACUGCCACUUAAUCGCAUCCUGGUGGCAUUUGAUGACAUGGACUUACCAUGUGGAGUUCUCCGUUUACAGCCAAAAGGAGGUUUUGGACGGCACAAUGGGUUGAAGAGUGUGAUAUACCACUUUCGCAGGAAUCGAGAAUUUUGCCGAUUAAGGAUUGGAAUUGGACGGCCACCUGGCCAGAUGGAUCCUAAAGCUUUUGUUCUUCAGAAGUUUAAUAGGACUGGUCGCGAACGGAUUGAUUCAGCCAUAAAAGAGGGUGUUAACAUUCUGAAGAUGGUGGCCACCAAGGGUUUGACAGAGGCUGCAAGAUUGUCAAAUGCAGAUCAGAAGUAUAAGCAUCUGAGAUCACAUGAUCUUCAAGACUGAAAAUGAUGAGACUCUGCUUAUCUGGGGAAUUGUUCUUUCAGCAUGCCUCUUGAUGCCCCUCAUGCUCCAGUACUUCUAUUGGAUGGCUGGAUUGAGAAUCUAGUAUACCCAAAUGUUCUCCCUGAUCUCUGCAGCAUACGUCUCUUUGGUGCUGGAUAUGGAGUUUUCGAUGUUUCUCGGUGGUCAAUUUCAGUUGACUCGACAGUUGUUGAUGUUGAACUGGUGAUCCAAUUUCAAAGCUUCUGAUUAAGUUAGAAGAAAGCAUCUUUUGAAUUAGUUUUGUUCAUUUUGGGGAAAUCAAGUUUCUCAUUACCGCAUGGUGAUCUGGGGAUGCUGUUGUUGUGGUAGCACAUUACUUUGGUUUGCAAUGGGCACCAGUGUAAUGUGAAUCUUGUAAAUAUAAAAUGUUGAGCCAUUUUUCCAUACAUCACAUUAGCAGAGAUGCUACGACAAUAAAUAUUCCUUCUAUUUUCA